GUCGUCUUGACAACUAACGCCAUAUUAUAUAUUAGAAAGUGUUCUGUUUUUGAAGAUCGACAAAAUAACGGAGACGUGUUACUUAAUUUGAUUGACAUACUCCGAUAUUGAUAAAAAAGGCAUGAGUGCCUUUACAGAAGCAAGCAAUCGCAGUGCUGCAACUGCAACAUCAGUUGAGACAGCUAGCCAAGACCUACAACAAACUGCAGAGAAUAUUCCAAAAUUAAGUGAAAGUGCUAAAGCUUUUUUCACAAAUAUUGAUGAAGAUUAUUUCAAGUCUAUACUAUUUGAGGAUAAACUCGUAACGGUAUCGGAUGCUGGUAAAGAAGUUGGUGAAUUUUCAAUAAGUAUUCAAGCUGCUCAGAAAUCAGGGGCCAAAUGCUACUUAGUCCAUGCCAAUAGUCAUGGAGCUAUUGAUGGUGUACCAUGCGGAACGUCAAUUACAACUUAUGUUGAUUCUGCAUUAAAUACUUUAGAGCAACAUCAUCAUGAAUAUGUAAAAUUAGAAAAUCAUCCUCUUGACAGGAAAACGAUUAUCUCAAAAGAAGGAAGUGUUUACGUUGUUAAUCGUGUUAUUCGACAAGCAGGAGACGUUCAAAGAUCUGUAAGAACAUAUAAAGAUGAGGAAAUGGGUGGUUUUGUUUCCGAAGGAAGUAACUUACUACUUCAAAGAAUACUUGUAAAAUAUGGCCUUCCAGAAAAUUUUGAAAUUAUUGCCUUCGACGCUGAAGCUAAUCUCUGCUCUGUUUCCUAUAAAAAAUUAGAUGACAGAAUUCAAAUAGUUGAUGGUGCAGAAUUACAAGUUGUUGGCGUGGAGAGAACCAUAACUGCCCUUAAUGAUCUCCCUACUACCUGGCAAACUUAUUAUAUGAAGGAUGGUCACAUGACAUCAAGGGUUCAAGUCGGCAGCCCAGUCACAAUGAAGCUUUUACUAGUUCCAGAAACUAUUGAAGAAGAUGAAGAAAUGGAAAAGCCUAAGUUCGACAAGAAAGAGCUCAAUUGGCGAGAAGAUAUGCAAUUGUAUUCUAAAUUCCUUGACCGAAAAGAAGAAUUGAAAGCCGAUCAUGCAGUUUAUAUGAAAGAUCAUCCAGAAGUAAAAGCAUUACUUGCUGAUUUCCUACAGUUCCUACUCCUCCGGAAACCUGAUGACGUAAUUGAGUUUGCAUCAGAAUUUUUCGCGUCUCAUUCUCCUGGUAUGCCCGCUCAAAAUGCUUAUUUAUCAAGCUUGGCACCCAAUCCCUUUCCAAGCUCUAGAUCAAACACAAAGAUAGAAUAUCUCUCACGUGCUAAAUAA